GCACACUGAGAUUAACUGAGAGAACCGCAAUCGUUUAGUUGGACCUUCAUUUCUUUUCUUUUUCUACCAAAGUGUCAUCAUGAAAAAAUCCAUAAUCCUAAUCAGUGUUCUUUUGUUGCAUGAAGAAAUGUGUGAAGGCUUUCACUCCCUUUGGAUGUUGUCGACACUAAUCAUUGGAGACAAAACACCCUUCCCAGAGUUCAGUGCGGUGGUGAUGUUGGAUGACAUCCAGCUGUUUUACUAUGACUCAGACGUACAGAAGUUGAUCUACAGGCAGUACAAGUCAGAACAGGAGCAUGAGGAGGAGGCAGAUGGAAGCAUUAUAUUCGCAGACCAGCACAGAGGCAUGAAGGACAGAGCAUUGUUUUUAAAGCAGCAGCUCAACAUCAGCACACAAGAUGUCCAUGUUCAGCAGAGAAUGGCUGGUUGUGAGCUGCUUGACAAGGACACCCCUGGUUUACUUCGAUCCUGGGAUGCCUUCAACACCAUAAAUGAUGAAGAGCAGAACUUUGACAUGCAACAGAAAACUCUACAGUCCCAAGGUGCAGGUCCAAACUUGUGGAGCCAUGUUAAAAAACAAACUAUGGAAUUAAUGCAUGCAAAUAUAUAUAGCCCUCUCUGCAUCAGAAUCCUGAAGAAGUAUCUUUACAUGAGGAAAAAUGAAAUAAUGAGAAAAGUGAAGCCCAGAGUCAGGCUCCUCCAAAAGACAUUCCCAGACUCUGGAGGAGCCAAAGUGACCUGUCUGGCCACUGGUUUCUACCCCCGUCACAUCAACCUGACCCUGGUCAUAGACGGCCAGUCUGUGUCUGACCACCAGGUCACUGGGGGGGAGCUGCUACCCAAUGUAGAUGGAACCUACCAGAUGAGGAAGAGCCUGGAGGUCAGCGCAGAGGAACUAAGAGAGAAACACCAGUACUCCUGCACAGCUGAACACCUCACCCUGGACAACAGACUAUACAUCAAAUUGGGUGUAGGUACCCGUACCAGAGUGCCCCCUGUGGUCGUGCUGGGAGUUGCACUGCUGCUGUGUGUGGGUGGAGUCAUUAUCAUGUGCCUGCGCCGCAGAAGAUGCAGCUCCUCCUCUGAUGUCUCUCAUGAUGGCUCUAUGACUGCAUGUUUCAGCUCCUCAUCUGAUGUCUCAACUGAUACCUCGGGAACAGAUGAACCUCUGAAACAGCUGGAUCACUAGUCUACAAACUAGCAGGGGGAGCUCUGAGUUGCAGUUGUGGCUAAUUGGAGGAGGCCUAAUGACGCACAGCAUAAGACCAGGACCUCCCUGUCCGCGGGGCUCUCUCUCUGGCUUGCUGGCUUCGACAACCGGCUGCGUUUUGGCCUUUUGUUUUUCGUUUACCUUUUUUGCAUUACACCUCAUAUGCUGACUUACACCACAGCUUUGCUUUGCUUUCCAUUU